CCUCGAGCACCCAGUGUGACCAAGAAGCCGCACAGAACUUUCACUGCAUCAACUCUUCGCUUCUCUUGAUGUGUCUAUUGAUUUGUUGCUUGGAAGCUUAUUAUUGUACAUGUAGAUGUCUUUUAACUCUGCCAUUCUGAAUGACAACAGCUCUUACUAUCCAUCAACGCUAAGCUGAGAAAGCAGUGCUGGCUUUGCUUUGAAUGGUACCAUGUCAGACGAGGCAGACCCUUCCUUGGACGACGGGUUCGAUGAUGCCAAUAUUCCCACAGGGUCCGGUGAUGCAGCUCGUGACAACAAGCACCCAAUGGUUGCCGGGCAAGACGAGGAACCAAUUAUAAAUGGAGCUGGAAGCAGACUGAAUGAAAAUAGCAGAUUAAGUGGUGGAGAUACCCCAGCUGGAGAAUUCCAGGGUGAAGCAUUCGCUAGUUCUGGUAGUUUUUCUGCGGCCAGCUUUCGUACCGAUAAUCAGCUUCUGGCAUCGGCUGACCUCCCAGAAGCCAAGCUGCUGGACAAGGCAGAAGUGAGAAAAUCAAUCCUGAAAGGCAGAAGUGAAUUGUCCAAGUCUAGACAGAAAAAUCAUGCUCUCAAGGCGGCAGAUCAGGGAGCCAGCUCCCUCCAUUCCCCUUUUGGCUUUCAGCCGGGAACCAAAGCCCAUGCUGCUGUCAAUCGAAAGAUAGCUUCUGCCCACGGUACGACCAACAAUAAGCAAAAACCCUCCCGCUCCCUUUCGCAUGACGACCUUGGGAAUCAUCGACUGACAUCCUCCAAAAAAAUUGGAGACGAAGAAAACAAUACUAAAGUGACUCCUCUGGUGGGGGCUCUAGCCACCCCACGGUCCAAGGGCAAAAAAGUUUUGAGUACAGCAGAUUUGCGAGGUAAUCAGGGAGCUGCGCAAUUGCCAGCAUUUGUGACUCCAAGGAGAGAUGCAAAAGGCAAAAGGCUCAAUGUAGAUGCUGCAGCCAUGUUCGGAAGCAGUGGCACGAAAAGUAUUCCCAAACGAACCAAAAGUGCGCAGGCUUCAUCAUCAAGACGACACUCUACAGCUACCAGUAGCAAAGGUCUUCCACCAAAGGUAAUCUCUUUGGAUGGAACCCCGAGCAAGGAGGACGUUGCUCUUGCAGCACAGCCGCCGUCCCUGUCGAACGCUCGCGCCCACAGUCUAGGCGAUAUGCCAUGGGAUCAAUCGACUGGGUCUUCCAUUUUUUAUGGAGAAAACAGUUUGCAAGGAUUCCAUGCAUCCGAAAUGACAAUCAAUACGAAAAAGGCAUGGGAUGCACUGGGCCCCCCACCAGACGAACAUGAAGCCUCAAUCUCCAUUCUAGAUGUUGCAAAGGCCCGCCCCGAAACAUCCGGUCACAACAGCGUUAGUAGCAAACGUAGUUCCAGCCGACAGGGUUCGAGCAGAAGCUUUGGUACCGGUGCAGGUGCUGGGAGCGCCAGUCUACUGGAUACAGUCUCGACUGUCCAGCAGUCAUCGGAUGAAGAAAAUGCGACGAGGCAACAACCUACUAGAGAGUCGUCAUCGUCAUCGAAACAGAACUCGCGCCAUCAAAAUCCGUCAACGGGAAAAGCCAAUGCCGCAGCAGAGAUCAUUGGUAGCUCUUCAUCGCUUCCCGAGCCACGAAGGGAACCGCCUUACACUGCAAUCACGCCACAACCAGAUGAAGAAAUGGAAUUCUGGACCUGCUGGGGUUGUGAAUACAGCAACAAUCUUGGUGAACACCUCUUCUGUGGAAUGUGUGGGACAGGGCGAGACUGGCUGUGUCCUUCGUGUGAACAUGAAAACAAAAGUUCUUUCAAUUUCUGCGGAAUGUGUGGCUCUCGGAAAGGGCGGCUUGUUCUGCAGAAGCAGCAACCUGAAGGUUUUAAUAUGAGAAUGCGCAGAGGCAGAAAGCACAGCCCCGUAAGCAGGCCCUCUGGUGGAAGCCGGUCGUCACGAUGCCCGGCCAGUCCCAAAUCGACAGCGAGCGCCAAGAGUGCAAGCAAACGAUCACUCAACAGUAUAUCUCAAAGACCAAGACUGGAGUCCGAUGACGCGACAAAUAAGACAGAUGGCGGCAAGUCACGGUCCGGUGAGAGUGUUGAUGAAGCAAGAUCAAAGGACGAAAAACGAUCGAGCAGGGGGCGUGGUAGGGAUUCACGAAAGAAAAAAGAACGUGAGCAUCGAACGCGGUCGUCGUCAAGAGGGGGGAGAGACGGGAAAGAAAGGAGAUCGAGGGAAUCUGUCGUGGGUGGAGACGCCAAGAGGGAAAGAAAACCAGACAAGAAAGAAAGAAAAUCAAGGAAAGGCGAAAAGGAACGACGACGUACACGGAAUUCCACCUCUGUUCCGCCUGCAGAGCGGAGAGACUUUUCGAGAGAUGUUUCCUUGGAAAAGGCAGUGCCUAAGAAAACCGUUCUGAAGCGAUCCACAUCACUCUCUGUGUUUGACGCUGGAAAGCUUGAUGUAGCAAAGCACGACAAGGCGGGCGCAUCAUUGGUUCUGCACGGUGAAAGCGACACAGAUUUCGGGGAUGAUGCCGAUAAGAGGUCAUCGUCGAAGUCCUGGAAAAAUGUGCUGCAGGCUAAGAAAUCGGAUGAUCACGAAAAGAUUUUGGGCACAGGGUUGAGCACAACCGACCACUCCUUGUGGGACACCUCCAACGCGGAAUUCUUUGCAGCUGAUUUCGAUUCAAACGAGAAUGCACACACCACCACAAGUAGCGCUGGCGUUCUUGCGACGCCCAGCAUCAAGAAGCGAUUGCUCAAGAUGGGAGGAAAAGUUGGUGGCAAAUUGUUCAAGUCUGAACUUCCUAUGGGCGACGAUGGUGGCAACGAACCACCUCGAUUUGCAGAAGUUACGAUAACAAGGAACCCUCCAAGCGAAAAAGCUGAUAUUGUGGGAAAGCAACAGAAUGGUGUAGAACCCCCCACGCCAAGCCUCAAGAAGCGGCUUCUUGGAAAGAUCAGCAGACUAGGUGGCAAAUCUGACCAUGGCAAGGCACUCCCCUCCGGUGUACCUAUGAUGAACGACGUUCCUGUACUUGAAGAGGACGACGAAAUUGACUCUGGAAACGAAAAGGAUCAAAAUGACAUGGAUGACGACGAUUCGGACGAUGAUCCACUCGAGGACCGCAAAAAAGCGUUGGUGAUUACUGCCAGAGACAUGCGCCCAAACCGGCCAAGUAUCUCCCGACGCAAACCUCCAAACGAAGUUCGAUCUUCCCGACGUGCCAAUCAACUUGCUUCUUCUGUUGGAGCAAACGACCGACCAGACCGACUGGAACGUCACAGGGAGGGAAACCGAAGAUCAAUGCGGCGUACCAAGAGCAGCGACAGUGUACCCAGCAGUAGGAGAUCUUCGGACAGCUCUACAAUCAGCAAAGGUGAGAAGCGGGGGUCUUAUGCCACCGGCCAAGAUGUGCUUGGUGACAGGCUUUCGGAGGCCGAGUCAAUCGACAGCAUGUCGCAGUAGCCCGACCCACCCCGGGGUGAAAUAUAAUCUACUCGUUUGGUGUCUCUCGCUGUUAUCAGAUUUCAGCAAAGGGUCAGAUCAGGCGACAAAAGGAAAGACAUGUCCUUUGGUUGUAUUUUUCUCUAGGAUUCCUGAUUUUCCCUCAUGAGGACAACCUACAUGUUGCACCAAUCUGGGGCCUCUUGCUUGGAUCAUUGCCAUCAGGAGAAUUGGAGGCUGCUAAAUUGGGACGAGUUGCGGUUGAACCACAACUCUAACUCAACAGCAGCUCUCUUUUUGCAUCCUUCAGAUGCCUACCUGUACAGCCAGGUGCAAUAGCUAGAAGCGAGUUUGCCUUUUGCAACUUACAAGAGUGGACUUUGUUUUUGGACAAGAUACAAGGUUCUAGCUAGAUUCUUGGGUAGCAAAGUAGCAAAGUUGGCUAGCUAGGCAUUAGCUAGUACCCAUCUUUGGUAUUGUAGGUUUUGUGCAACGUUGCACCAUUUUCAUCAUCGGGUUCUCCAUAGCCAAUAGAAACACAAGCAACGACACAUACGGCCUUGUCAUUGGUAUCCCCCAAUUCCUCCACCACUCGUCCGGUGCCGAAGUCCAAGCCACCCGGAACAAUUUGAAUGGGCAGUAUCUUGCCAUAGGGAAACACUUUGGCCACGUGCAGUGUAUCGACGGGCAAGCAUUCGUUAUUGUCACUACUACUACUAAUUGGAGGAAUCCCCAAUUUGACAUGAAUGAGCAUUUCGGUUCGUCCGCCCGGAACAUGCUCAAUGACGCCCGGAAUGCUAUUGAAUUCAAUGGCAUUUCGUACGGCUCGAACGGCUGCUUUGGUAGCAUCGUCUGCUCCAUGCUGAUCGACUCCAAAACCAACUUGAACAAAUAGCAAAUUGUGGGGGAACUUUGGUGAAUCCACGAGGGAUGCACCCAAACCCAAUGCUUUCCAUUCUUCGGACCAGGAGGGUCGAUCUUUCGAUGGUACCGGUACCAGUCCGGACUUGGGAGUAGUAGAAGACGAAAGAAAACGGCGCACUGGACGACUUUCUACCUUCAAAUUCCUUUCCCAUCCAGCAGAAACAAGACAUCGAAUGCAUUGCCUUGACAAUGGCAGCUGCCGCGUACGAGGAGACAGCAUCAUCUUUGUGGUUCGGUGGGGUACAGUUGUGGUUGUUGGUUGUGUUUGCCGAAAAGAAGAGGGAGAGGAGGUG